AUGACGGCACAAUUCGUUCUGAAGCCUGAUGUGAUAUCGAUGGCUUCAUUCAAUAUUCAAGGAGGCUCCAAUCACAACAUUGAUAUCGAUUUGGCAAACAAUAAUUAUCAAUGUAGUCGCGUCUGGGAUUCUGUGAAUGCAAGAUUUGAGGCUUGCUUCAUACCAUUCAUAGCCGGUAUUCCAGCAGUCAUUGCUGCUUUGAUAAUUUUUGGAUUACUGGUACAAUUGAUACCCAUACAUCAAUUAUUGCCAUCAUGGCUUCAACCAUUCGUGGAAGAACCAGAGGAGAAAUCUGGAGAGCUUGACAACAGGCGCCGGCCACACGUGCUCACACGCAUGACAUCGUGUUUGUUGGGUGUAUCAGUUUUUGGUACAUUUCUACAACUAUCAUCGAUCUUCUAUCCUCAUUCUCAUCUACAUCGAAAUUUCCAUUUAAUGAUGAUAUUUCCUAUAAUAUCGUGGGUAGUGGCAUGUCUCCUUAUUAUCAUCAUUCAACCAGCGAAGACACCAAAAUCUUUACUCGUGCUCUAUAUCAGUAUAUUCGUCUCACAGUACUUUGUUUUGCUUGAGAAAUAUUCGACUUUGCGUUCAAAGGACAGUCCCUUGGUGCUUUCUUGGGCGGCUUCCAUUGCAGCAAUCAUCAUCAUUCUGCAAAUGCCCAUGCGUGAUCCAUCCCUCAGUAAUGAUCAGAUCAGUCAAGUCUUCAGUCCACCAACUAAUUUGCUUCGAUCUCCUGAGGAUAAUCUUACUCUGUGGCAAUUCAUGAGCGUGUCUUGGAUGUCACCUCUCAUGUCAAUGGGAAAAACUAAACAGUUGAAUGAAGAUAAUGUAUGGAGCCUCAGCUACCAAUUUCAACACAGGGUAUUACAUGAGAAGUUUAGAGACACGAGUGGCUCGGUACUAAAAAGACUUAUCGACGUCACAGGCAUCGAUCUUGUUAUACUCACUUCUUUGGGUAUUUAUAGAUCAGUGGCAGAUAUCGCUGCCCCUUUACUUCUUCAGAAAAUACUCGCCAGUAUGGAGAACCCAUUAUCUCCAAAGCAGGCCACAUUGACCUACUCUCUUAUUGCCCUUGUCAUCCGACUUGUAUCUGCGCAAAGCGAUGUGUUUGCAACUUGGUAUGGUAGGCGUUCCUACGAAAGAUCCCGUGGAGCACUCAUUACUAUGUUAUUUGAGAAAUCAUUAUCAAGAAAAACAAUUAGUAUAAGCACGAAGCCCAGAGAGGAUGAACAUGUCAAUGGAGAAUCAAAUGGAAUUAAUGAAACAAAUGGAAUUGUUUCAGACAGUCCAACAAAACAGCCUUUACUUCCGUGGUGGAAGAAUGGAUUCAAUAUUGUUGCGAGACCAUUUAUUUCAUGCUGUGGAUCGCGAACAAAAGAAGUCAAGAAGCCAGCAGCGCCGGCCUCGAUGGGCAAGAUUCUAAACUUGAUGAGAGGAGAUGCUUAUGAAGUUGCCCAACGAUUUUGGGACUUUGCUGAUUUCAUUACUCAACCACUUGGGUUAAUCCUUUCGAUUAUUGCGGUUUGGAAACUUCUCGGAUGGCCUUGUUUUAUUGGAGUUAUCGCCGUUUUCAUAGGUCAAGCUCUUAAUGUUCUGGUGUUGAAGGCUCUGUUGUACUACGAAAGACAACGGAGAACAGCCUCUGAUACUAAACUUCACAAAAUUACACAGCUCGUUGAGUCAAUCAGACACUUGCGUUGGUACGGUUGGCAGGAUAUUUGGCUUGCCCGCAUUAUGGAAGCAAGACAGAAUGAGUUAUGGCUGCGUAUAAUCACUAGAAUUUGGGGAAUACUCAUGUCUUUCAUUUACAUGUUCUCAAGUGGAAUGUUUCCCGUAGUAGCUUUCUGGGCUUAUUGCGUUUGGGCAGGUCAGCCAUUGCGUGUUGAUGUGGCUUUUCCUGCUCUUCAAUUGUUCCAAAUGCUUCAAAUUGGACUGCAGACUGUACCAGAUCUUGUCACAACCCUGCUUAACGCCAGGAUAGCCAUGGGACGUAUCGAAGAUUUCAUGAAAGAGCCAGAUAAACCGGAUUUGGAGGCGAAUCAAUCAUUCGAAAAUCAACUUGAGAUGAAUGAUGCCUCGUUCGCUUGGCCCGGAGCUACAGAGCCUGUCUUGAAAAACAUGACAGUCUCAUUCCCUCCUGGACUAUCGCUUAUCUAUGGAGAAGUGGCCUCUGGAAAGACAGCUUUACUACAGGCUCUCCUUGGCGAGCUUGAUCAUCUUAGUGGUCAAUUCAGACCUGUGAAUGAGGUAGUUGGUUAUUGUGCCCAAACACCAUGGCUCCAAAGUAUGAGCAUUAGAGAUAACAUUUUAUUUUCUGCUCCAUAUCAAGAAAGUCGAUACAAACAAGUGUUGGAUGCCUGCGCUUUAAUCCCAGACAUGAUAAAUUUCAAGAAUGGUGAUUUAUCCUUGAUUGGUGAGAAUGGAAUUGGGCUGUCUGGUGGACAAAGGGCUCGUGUCGCGUUGGCUCGGGCAAUUUACUCUAAUGCGAAAAUAUUAUUUCUCGACGAUCCCCUUUCAGCACUUGACCACCACACAGCGGAGUCAGUUGUCAAGAAAUGUCUAACAGGUUCAUUGGCUGAGGGAAGAAUUAUUAUACUCGUGACUCAUCGCACGGAGUUGUGUCUAGGAAUGGCACAGCAGAUCAUCAGAAUGACGGAUGGAACAGCAGAAGUAUUUGAUCCUGAAUCUAUACCGUCUGAAUUACUACAAACCGUCAAUUCAUCGAAUUCUACAGCGGAAGAUCCGAAGGAAGACAAAGAUCAAACUGCUGCAGCAAUUCCGGAGAAAUUUAUGGAAGAUGAACACCGAGAACAUGGUGGUAUCAAAGCUUCAGUCUAUUGGGAAUAUAUCAAAGCCGGAAAAUUAAGCUAUUGGGCUCUAAUUUUGAUGUUCGUGACUGCUUAUCGACUGAUCGAUAUUGCUGAAACGUGGUUUCUGAAAGCUUGGGGAGAAGCAUACGAAGGACCACGAAAACCAUCUCGAGAUCCAUUGAGUCGACUCCCCUCUCCCGAAACCAACAUUCAGCCAUGGUUAAUUGGAUUUUUCCUCCUGGCUCUUGCACAAUCCGUUACUUUUGUAUUUUUUCAGGCCUCGGCACAAUUGAUGGUCUAUACGGCUGGGAAAGCUAUCUUCGAACGGGUCAUGACGAGGGUCGUCCAUGCAACAUUCCGCUUUUACGAUGUAACGCCCGCGGGACGUUUGAUGAAUCGCAUGACAUCGGAUAUUAGCGUCAUCGAUGGAAAUUUAAGCUCUCACUUUACAUCAUUUGCUUUUUUGAUGAUCAUGUGGUUUACAUCUGUUCUACUGAUUGGAUCUCUGACCCCAACUUUCUUGGCUUUUGCAAUCAUACUCGUCAUCACGAUUGUGUUGAUAUAUAUUCAAUUCCUACCCACAUCUCAAAGUUUACGCCGUCUCGAAAUGGUCUCUUUGACUCCAUUGAUAUCGAAUUUCGGCUUGCUUACCGAAGGACUCGGUACGAUACGUGCUUUUUGUGCACAACGUCGUUUUCAAGAUCGAGUUAUUGAAGUAACGGAUGUUUUUCAAAAAAUGGAUCACUUCUAUUGGUCCUUACAAGCAUGGCUCCAAUUCCGCUUCAGCAUCCUCUCCGCCAUAUCCACUUUCCUCAUGACAGCCAUCGCCGUCUACCAAAACCUCUCACCAGGUCUCACAGCCUUCGUUCUAGCCGCCGCAGCCCGCUUCGUAAGAUCGACAAGGGGUCUCUGCCAAUCAUACGGUCAACUCCAAAUGGAAUUCGUCUCGGUAGAACGCGUAGUUGAACUCCUACACCUAGACCAAGAACCCCCCGGCUCCAUUGAUCCACCAGCCUACUGGCCCCGUCUCGGCAGCGAUAUCGUUUUCGAAAACGUCACUAUCAAAUACGCGCCACACUUAGAGCCCUCCCUUAAAAACAUCUCGCUCACCAUCAAAGGUGGUUCUACCACUGCCCUCAUCGGCCGCACCGGUAGCGGUAAAUCCACACUAGCUCUCUCCCUACUCGCUACUACCCUCCCAACCACCGGCCGCAUCCUCAUCGACGGUCUCGACAUCUCUCAAAUCUCCACCCACGCCCUACGCACCCGCAUUACUUUUCUCGCCCAAGACCCCAUUCUCUUCCCCGGCACCAUGCGCAUGAACCUAGACCCCCUCUCCCAACACAGCGACGACGAAUGCACCCACGUGCUCUCCAAGAUCGCUUCUCGCCAUAACUGGACCCUCGAAACCACCAUAGAUUCCGCAGGUAAAAAUCUAAGUCAAGGACAAAGACAACUAGUAGGACUGGCAAGAGCAUUACUAAGAAGAAGCGCAAUAGUGGUGUUAGAUGAGGCGACGGCGAGUAUUGAUGGGGAGACGGCGGGCAGGAUUCAGGAAGUUUUGAGGGAGGAGUUGAGGGAGAGUACGGUGCUGGUUAUUGCGCAUAGGGUGGAGGCGGUUAGGGGGGUGGGGGCGUGGGUGCGUCUUGAGGGGGGGAGUGUGGGGGAGGUGGGGGAAGGGGUGGUGGGGGUAGGGAGGGGGAUGGAUAUAGAUAUAGAUAUAGAUAUAGAUACUGGUACUUCUACUUCUGAGGGGGGGGAAGGAAUAGAAAUUUUAGAAUAUAGUAGUAGAUAG